UGGCCCUAUUGGAGUAGAAAAAACUAUUUUUGGAAAAAUAUUAUCAAAAUAUCUUGAAGCCAGAGGUUCAACAGUAUUCUAUCCUAAAGAGGCUUCGAUUAAAGUUUUUAAAGAACUAGAAUUGGUAUAUGAAACUGAUGAAAAGGAUGUUGAUUAUGUUAUAUUAGAUUGCUCUUCUCUUGAAAUUAAUAUAUUUUCAAAUACUAAUAUUGAAAAUGAAAAAUUGAGAAAAUAUUUUGAAAAAAAGUAUUUGAAAUCAAUUUUAAAAAUUACUAUGAAACAAAAAAUAUUUAAAAAAAAUUAUGAUCAGUAUGAGCAAGAUUUUAAUGAUAUUUAUCCUGAACAUAUUUUAUUUGAGAAUACUUUUAAUCUUUGUGAAAAGUGUUGUAAGAAAAAAAAAUAUUCUAAAGCUAGUUGUGAAUUUUCAAAUAGUAAAGUUUUGAAAAAACUUAUUUAG